CUCCUCCUCCUCCUGCCUGGCUAACAGACGUAUCUGACACUAACAGCAGCUGCAGCAUCAACAUGAUUUAAAGUCUCAGCGUUCGCUUCAGAAAAUUCUUCUUUGGUUACUGGGAGGUCAGACAAGGAGGGCUGUUGCAGUCGCUUGUCAAACAGAUCAGUCGUCUUUUCUUCUGCUGCUGUGAACAUGGAGCUGCAGAGAUCUGAGCGAAUCAGCUGGGAGGACGAAGGGGCGGAGUUAAUGCUGGUGGAGGACGGCGACUACGAGUCGUCCGUCUCUCAGGAGAAACAGGACACGCUGACGGGAAACACUGACCAUCCAAUCAGCAUCAAGACUGAUAAAUCUGGUCGUCUUGUCUUGGAGACUCCUGCUGAUCUGCAGAAUCUUCUGCUUCUGAGGAAGACCAAGAGAGAGCAGAAAGCUGCUGUCAGGAAACCUGCUGCUCCCCCUGCUGUCCAGACAGUGCCAUAUUACGUGGACGAAGACGACUUCUUCAAGGCCUGUGAUCAGAAGCAGCUGCUGGUGAUUGACAGGUACCUGUCGACAGGUGGAGAUGUCAACGCCUACGACGCGUUUGAGCGCACAGGUCUGCACAGAGCAUGCUCACAGGGUCACGCCGAGGUUGUCACUAAACUGAUGGAGGCCGGCGCUGACAUCCAACACAGAGACAAGCUGUGGUCCACUUGUGUCCACUCGGCCUGUCGUGGAGGACAUCUGUCUGUCCUCAAACUGCUGAUGAACCGAGGAGCUGACAUCACUGCAAGAGACAAGCUGGAUAGCACUCCUCUUCAUGUCUCUGUGAGGACCGGACAUCACGACUGUGUUGAACAUCUGAUUCACUGUGGAGCUGAACUGAACACACAGGACAGGGAGGGAGACACACCUCUUCACGACGCUGUUCGUCUCAACAGGUCGAGGAUCAUCCAGCUGUUGUUGCUGCAUGGAGCCAACACACACCUGACCAACCAGGAUGGGCGUCGUCCUCUUGAUGAGGCGUUGGAGUGGCAGAAUGAAGCAAAGACUCUGAUUGAGCAGAACAACAGGAAGUGAUGUCACUGGCAGACUGACAGUGUUGCCGAUUGACCAAUCACAGCUCUCCUUUCUCCUGAUUGGUGAUGUGAUGAACAUGUGACGUCACAGUCCAUCAGUCCUCCAACUUCUUUCCUCUUCUUUGUUUUUUAUUGAAUGUUGAAAUCUUUAAACUUUAUUCAAACACUGAUGUCAUCAAUGACAUCAUUAAAUGUUAAUCUGAUUCAGACUAAUAAAGUUUUCUUUGUC